CACCGUUACACUUACCAGCACCAGCUGCACCACUGACUCUGCUCAGGGCUCAACACUGCAAGUAUGGAGGUCGAGUACUCUUUAAAUAGCGAUGACUCUCAAUGCGAAACCUGCUCACAUCAAGAGGCCCAUAUCGGACAAGAGGAGAAUGAUGUCCCUCCUUCAAGUUCGCUGCCUGCAUCUACUCGCUUGAUUGGGAUAUUCGAGCUUCGGUGGAAAAUCUUUCAGUUGGUCCAUGGCACAUUUAUGGAGGUCCCAAACAAUAAGACACUCCUGGCACUUGCCUUGACGUGCAAGUCAUUCACUGAUUCUGCACUGGACCUUUUGUGGCAAGACCUACGUGGGCUUGCGCCACUUAUCAGAUGCCUCCCGCAAAGCCUAUGGAAGGCCACAGGAAAACUGGAAUUCCAAAGAACCAUGACCUUCGAUGACUGGUCCAUUUUUUGCAAAUACAACUACCGUGUCCGAUCACUAAGCCUAAUCGCCUAUGGGAUUGUUCAACCUCAGCUGGAUAUCGAGAUUUGGCGUACUCUUAGCUGCCCUCCUUUCUCCCUUCCCUUGCUCCCAAACUUGAUAUCUCUUUCCUGGAGAGUGUACAACGAGACAUUCCUGUAUGUCUACUUGUUUGUGACCCCAAAAUUGAUGACACUCGAUAUGUCACGGAUGGACCUGGGGAUCUCCACCAUUGGCCUAUCUGAACAGUCCAUGUUGUCAUGUAUCUCAAUGCUGUGCCCUUCUGUCUCGCAUUUUCGGUCUCUAUUUUGCGGAGGAGACACGUCGACCGCAUUACAAAGUUGGUCUCAUCUAAAAUCGGUCAAAACCGAACAAAUUUCUGAGGCGGCUAUACUACACCUGUCGAAUUUGCCUUCACUCCGGGUUCUAUAUUUCAAACUACCUUCAAUCCCUAUAUCUGCUAAUACGCAAAAGCUCCUGCAACGUUCUGUGUUCUGCGCAAUAGAAGAACUGGGUGUAGAAUGUGAAGAGAGUCUAGCACUUUUAGAUGCUUUUUUCGAGAAGCUCUGCGUUGCUCCAAAAGUAAUAUCCUGUGUUAUCCUUGACGGAGUGGGUUCCAUACUGGCCCUACCGGCUUUGAUUUCCCGUCUAUCUAAUACUUGUGCGCAUAGCUCACUCGAACAGGUGCGGCUCAAUAUCAGCGAACUAGAGAUGGAUCCCGAUGCUUCAAUCGGAGCUGCAGCCUUUCAACCGCUCUUCGCCUUCCGCAAUCUUCGCAGGCUCGACGUCGAAACGGAUUGUAAUGUACGGUUAAAUGAUGCUGUCCUUUUGCAGAUGGCAAAGGCCUGGCCCCUCCUGGAACGGUUAAUCUUCCACCCAUACUACUGGCAUGUGGGUGAUGACGUCACCCCACAUGCAUUCGUCUCCCUGUUGCAACACUGCCCAUGUUUAGUCUCGGUUUCUGUUUUCGUAGAUUGGUCGACUAUAGAUAGGCGUGACAUAUCCCCUGUCAUCCCCUACCAAGGAUUUGCACACAAGGCACUAUCAGAGGCAUCCUUUGGUACUCCAAGGAUUCGCCAUCCAACAAGGAUUGCCGCCUUCAUCUCAGCCAUCGCACCCAACGUGAAAUCAAUUGCGGCAUGGCAUUUUGAUUUCUACGAUGAAGAUCCAGACCUCGAAAAGUACUCUGUCAGGUGGAAGCUCGUGGAUCAUUUGGUCAAGUCUUUCUCUAUGGUCCGCGAGCAGGAGAGGAGAACGAAGUUGAAUGGAGAUGCAGGGGGUGAUGAAGAAUUUAGAGGUUCAUAUGACUACUACGGGGUUGUGCAGCCAGCACAGGAGACUGAAAAUGGGGAAGCCACUGUUGGCGGGGGUGGAGAGAGUUCCGAGGAAGACAGCGGAAGCGGGGACGAAUAUGUGCCUUAUGAAGAACAAGUCACGGAGGAGGAAUGAUCUGAAUUUGACUUGGGGGCUUUGCGCCUGUUCAUUUUUUCUCAACUAGCCUUCGCAAGCGGUACAGUCCAUACUAGUUUUUUUUAAAUUUCCC